AUUAAGUACCGUUAAAAUCCCGUCACCUUCGGGUGAAGCACGGCGGAGUCUAGUAGUAAGUAGUUGAUAAGAAAAUGAGGGAACUUUCCAGGAACGGAGUGCGCCGGUAAUGUCCAUUGGUUGGCUGGGCUGAGGAAGAAAACAUCCGGAGACUCGAGAGCGAAUUCGUUCGGCAACAACGGCUAACUACACAUCGCCGCGAAACCAUGUUUGAGAGGUUGUUGCCAGUUGGUGGAAGAGGGAGGGAGGGAGAACUGGAUGUAUCGCCGUCAGACAGUAGUAGUGAGUGGAGGCCAGCGAGAGAAGUUCACCCGAUCUCCUCCACUUUUCUUCCGUUGCUGGGUUGGAUCCCCUUUUUCGCCGUCAACCUUCGGGCUAUUUACUCCUAUCGGCAUGCAUCAUGAUACAUGUUGUGUUGCCUCGGGCAAAGAGCGGGUCUUGAAGCUUUGCAGCCUUUCCCAAGGUUCUGGCAGCUUUUUUCCCUCUCCUCUCGCGAUUGUGGACCCGCGCGGCUAUCUCCGCCAGCCGAGCCAAAUACCUGGUAACGUGCGCUGGCGUACUGUACCUAGUUACUGCGUAAGUUAGCGCGAUGCGUCCCGAUCGGAGAGCAUCGGAACCGGGGGGUGUCACACGUGAUAGCAGUCGGGAUAACACGGAGUUUGGGCCUCGGCUUCUUUGGGUUUUGAACUCCUGGGACAGAAAUAGUCACCUGACCGUCGCGAGCUGCGCGGUGACACCAAGCCACUUCGCGUCUUCCCUGCACUUGCUGGGGGGCAACUUUACUGUGUACGCCCGCCCCAUGCCCCAUGCCUGCCCCCAUGUCCUGAGUCGCGACGGUAGGUAGGGUAGGUAGGGGGAAGUGUGUGAUAUCAACACAUAAGGAAAGUCAACCUUGUCCAACUUCCAAGGAGCAUUUUUUUUUUAAUUGGAAUUUGCAGCGGAUUUCAGCUAGGGGUGAUUGGUGGUCAGUUCAUUGUUAUUAUUUUAUGACACAGCGUUGUUGGAAAUGUGAUACUCAGCCAGCAGGUUCUGCCGUCUGCUAAUAAAAUUACAGGCGAUAGCCUCAAAAUACAUUAUUAUUAUUAUAUAAACUGCUUCAAAAUGCUUCUCUCUUACUAAUUUUCAGGCUAUUUUUCCGAACAAACCGUUUACCAUAUGAUGAUGGAACAGCUCCGCUACGCCAGGCUCUUUUUACACUCCAGCAUGGGACUUCAAAACAGGAAUGAAUAUCAACUCAAUCCGUACGGAGUAGCCCUCAGGUGGCUUUGUAUGAGGUUUUAGGAGAUUUCACAUUACUACUCACCCCCGGGACUGCGAGGGCUAGGGCUGAAAUCUCUUGAUUUGUUUUUUCUUUUCUUUUUUUUAUCAGAAGUCCUGACUACUUCCCCGGACUUUAACUAUUAAUUAUUUUCUUUGUUUGCACCAGAUAAAAAAAGAAAGACUUUCACCUUUCCCCAGGGAAGGCAAGAAAAGAAAAGAAAAGAAAAGA